CAGUAGAAGAAGAAGAAGCAGAGAAGGGCACCAAAAUUAGAGGGAGAAGUUUGUCAUGAAGCAUAACCAGACGACAGAAAUAGGCACGCAAAUCUAGUUUAGCACCAACUUUGUCCUCAAACGUUGUUUAUGAUGGACGCCGAUCCUCUGUCUCAGCCUGAACCUCGUGAUUAUUUGGAACCUUUCAGGGUUUCAGUUCAUCAAAUUCUUAACAGAGUCAACCAGUGCCUUGUACAGCUUGAGAAGCAAGUGACUGAGGUUGAACAGUUCUAUGAAUCCACCGAUAACAUUCAAGGUAAUAAUUCUAAAGGUGGCUCACUUGUAAAAGAGAAGGGCAGGGAGAAGCAUCCUACUGGCACCAAAAAGCCUAUGCAAGAUGCAUCACAUACUGAAGCUGCCGCUGCAAAGAGAAUGCAAGAGCUUAUGCGCCAGUUUUCCACAAUAUUGCGUCAGAUAACUCAGCAUAAAUGGGCUUGGCCAUUCUUGGAUCCUGUUGAUGUAGAAGGUCUCAGGCUUCAUGACUAUUAUGAGGUGAUUGAUAAGCCCAUGGAUUUCAGUACAAUCAAAAGUAAAAUGGAAGCAAAGGAAGGCCAAGGAUAUAAUAAUGUCCGGGAGAUAUACGCAGAUGUAAGGUUGAUAUUCAAGAAUGCAAUGAAAUACAACAAUGAAAAACAUGAUGUCCAUGUUAUGGCAAAGACCUUACUAGAAAAAUUUGAGGAAAAAUGGUUGCAACUCUUACCUAAAGUUGCUGAAGAGAAUCUCAGAGGCGCAUUCUCAACCCUCUUCCUUACUUUGGAGUCUGCAAACUCCCAGCAUCUUCCUCAAAAAUUCAAAACUUGCAGGGAAAAGAGACAAUUAGAGGAAGAAGCACAGGCACAGUUAGACAUUCAGCUUGCUCAGGAGACAACAUAUGCCAAUAAAGCUAAGGAUAUAAGCACUGAGCUUUAUGAGGUCGAUAUGCAGUUGAAGAGUCUCAAAGAAAUGGUGAUUCAAAAGUGCAGGAAACUGUCUACUCAAGAGAAGAAAAUGCUUGGUGUAACUUUAGGCAAAUUGUCUUUAGAAAACCUGUAUAGGGCAUUGGAUGUGGUUGCUGAGACUAACCCAAUCUUCCAACCUACGGGUGAUGAGGUGGACCUUGACUUAGAUGCUCAGAGCGACUACACUCUAUGGAGGUUAAAAGCUUUUGUAAAAGAUGCACUAGAAGAGCAAGAAAAGGUCGAUGAGGGUGCAGCUGUUAACCCUAAUGAUAACCCUGAUGACAAGAGAAACAAGAAGAGAAGAGACUCUGGUGAUUCUUCAGGCAAGACAAACCCAAAAAGGAAGAAGCUAUCUGCAUUGUGAUUCAUUUUAGUGAUACAUAUAAGGCAUUUAUCUAUUGUGGUGGAGAUAAAGUAGCUGAAGCAAAUGACCUCAACGAUGCAAUAGGAAAAUUUUGUAAAUCCUUCUUUAGUUAUUUACUGCUAUGCACAUGAAAAUAAAAUUUACAAGUGUGCUUUGUAGGAUAAAUCUGCUUUUUGAAGCAGAUAAAACUUUUACAACUCUGAGAACAGAUUAGAGUAAGUCUACCAUCGGUCCUGGUUAACAUUAUCUUGCUGUUCUGAGGAUAAUCUCAAGUUUCAGAAAAUAAUUAAGGCAUCUAUGCAUGUGAAUGUGCUGAAGACAAUCAACAACUGGUCUGACCUGUUUAAUUAUGUCCAGAAGCAUAGGAAUGGAUGGAGCAGCUUUGACAAAAUCAAGUUCAUUUUUUAAAUUUUUGGCUGCAUGUUAAUAUUUGUUAGUAUUGUUAUGGGAUGUAAAAUAGGUAUACAUGUGACUGAUGGUUGUCAGAAUAUAAACUUGUCUAAUUAUAAUUACAUUCAUUCUAA